GGCCUGUGUGCAUGCGCGGUUUUUCUUCCAAGGUUCGCAAAGUCGGUUUUAGUGGAAAUUUUUCUCUGUGGGACUUUGAGUUUUUUUUGUGCUGUUGUGCUUCGGAGCAUCUGGAUUAUUUCCAACUUACUAAGGUUGAGUCUUGAGCAGACCUUGAUGACAAAAGUUGAACCGUGAAACGGAUCAAAAAAGUCCCUGAAGAUACUUUGGUGAGAUAAGUUGUGCGCUUUUGGUGAGAUUAUCCCCUAGCAAACGGACCAGCUAGAAGGGCCAUUUCUGAAGUUAAUGAAUAAGAUUUGUAAAAUCAAGCAGUGGAACCCUCCCCUUAAACCCUUCUCAUUAGUGCGGAAAAAUUAGUUCACUUCGGAGUCUUAAUCAGUGUACAGCUCAAAAAGCGAUCAAAACCCGUGUUCUAUGCUAAUUGAAAUUGUUCUUACGAGUUACAAUAUCGAGGGCUCACGGUUAUAGGAGCAAGAAAACGCUGUUGUUGUUGAUGUUAUUUGAAUUUCUACAAGUCAUUUUCGCCGUGGCAAGAAAAACUCCCUCAAGAGUGAGUGCAGAAUUCCUGCUGUUCAACUAGCUGGGAAGAUUUAUUAGCUGAAGGCAAACAAGGCAGGCAAGCAAAAAAUAAGAACGAACGGCCUCACAUCUGUUCCGCAAAAGUGUUCUGAAAAAUUCUUAUCAAGUGGCUGCUCUGAGAAUGAAAAACCAGUAACCGGGGAAGGAAAAUAAUAGCGGAACAAUAGUGUGGAACAUCGAUUCGACUUACUGACCAUCAACUCUGAGGAAUACCUUCGGAUUAUUGAAGAUUGAAGUGCUUGUAGAAAAAAAAGUCAGUUUAGAGACCUUCAAUAAGACGCCGAAAGAUUGCAGCAGUAAUUAUCAACUGUUUGAGUUGGUGUUUUAUCAGCUGAACGAGGAGAGGAUAACAGAGAAAAAAGAAAAACGCAGCAGCAGCAACACCAAGACGACGAAAAAAAAAACAAAACAAGAGAAGAUGAUCUCACACUGAGUACUUGGCCAUAAAAAAUCGGACCAAUCUUUCCCUAGACUCUUUUUAAAUUUAACGGCUGCAUUUUUAAGGCCGAAAAGUCUUUAAACCAUCUUUUGAACUUGGUGCUGUGAACUCGCCUGCUGUGAUCUUGAACCCCGCCCGUUCGACAAAAGCAAUUGUUGCUUUGGAAUUUGCAAUUGAAAUCGAAAUUUCCUCGCAAUGACCGGCAGAAUGCGACUCUUGACGACGAUAUUGUUGGUGUGUUUACAGCUGGGAGAAAUCCUCAGCAAAGAUGGCUCGGAUCGACCCCUGGACUCGGAGGACAUCGAUCGAGAGAUGGGCAAGAACAACGAAGACGGAUACGAUUUCCUAUCGAUCGAUCAGCUGUUCCAAAACAACCCCGAAUACGCUAAAUUGUUAAGCGAUCUGCAAGCUCAUUCUUUCGGCAGCAACUGGCGAAGGAAGCGAAGUGUGGAAAUAGUAGAAGAACAAACGUCACCCAAUGAGAUCUCUCCGGAAACAACUGACCAGGAAGAGGACACCGCAGCAACGGUUCCUAUCGCCGAGGUAACCGAGGUCAUCAAAGAAACUCGGGAAACCAAGGAAGCUUCCGAAUCUCGAACGGGUGCGUCAAAAAGCACAGCUCCACUACCUUCUUCAACAACCGAUUCGGCAAGCUUUGGCUCAUCCGGUUCAACCGAAGCUAGCAGUCGUCAAGAAGAACUAACGACUCCAUCACCACCAAUAAGAAGCAGUACUCCUCGCCGUCUCCGGCCGACCGCCACCAAGACCAGUAACAAAAACAAAAACAAACAAGGCAACCAAAACAAGAUCGCCUUGAACAAGAUACAGCUGCAGCAACAGUUGCUUCAACAGCAACAACAGCAGCAGCAACACCAGCAGGACCUGGCCAAUUCAGUUACGGCACAGAAUGUGAACAAAUUCACCGUUUCCAAUACGCCAUCGCCUACUGUGGCAUCGACGCCACUUUCGACCACUGUAUCCACCAUGUCAGCUGCCAACUUUAACUCCAACGCGGCGACCAGCAGCGGAAAUAUGGCUGUGGCAGCAGCUGCCGUUGCCAACGUGACCGGAAACAACAAAGAUAAGUUCAUGUCAGAGCACACCUUGGAAGAUAUUCUUGUGACGGUUGUUUAUAACCAGUGA